UGUGUGUGAUAAGAUGCCAAUAAAGAGAUAGGGAAUGCAUUCAUGUCAUAGAUUUUUUUUACACAAUAUAUGAAAUACUAAGUACUAGGGAAGAUUGAACUGAAGAGUGUCUCAUUCCUAGGGCAGAUGGUUUCUAAUGAAGUGGGGUUUGCCUUAGGUUGGAUGAAGGUAGGUGUCCUUCAAGAUGGAAAGGGGAGCGAGUUAGAAGAUGCCUCGGGCAAGGAUUCUUUCCCCUUUCUUUACCUUAACAGUGGCUGUCAUGUUCCUCUUAGCUGGACUCUUCGGGUCUGAGACCCAAGAAUCUGUGUUCUUUGGCAUCACUGGAGUAAUUUUUAAACAUACUAAAGUUUCAGCAUAGGAAAUUACUAGGUUUAUAAGAAGAAGGAACAUUACCCAUGCUGCAGCAGUCCAAGACCUUCCUGAUAGGGUAGGCUAGCUGGGUAGAACAGAGCUGCCUUGACUAUUUUGAGGAUCUGGGAGGAAUCCACACCCUCCCAGUCCCCACACUGUCUAUUCCCCCUCUCUACCUCUCUGCCGCGCUCAGUGAUUCUCAACCUUCCUAAUGCUGUAACUCUUUAAUACAGCUCCUCAUGCUGAGGUGACCCCCAACUGUAAAGUUAUUUUCUUUGCUUCUUUUAAACUGUAGUUGUGGUGCUUGCUGACCUGAGCCGUCAUGUAAAUAUCCGAUCGUCCACAGCCCCUGUGAAAGGGUCAUUCGAUCCCCAAAGGGGGCGUGGCCCACAGGUUGAGACCCACUGGCGUAGCACCCUUUGUGCCCCCACGGCCUGGCUGCCAUCUCUUUUUUUGACUUGUCUCCCACCUCUCACCAGGGUUCAGAAGGUCUGCUCUUACAGUUUGCCCUCAAGGUCUGAGCAGCUUGCCUGUGACUCUGCUUGGCUUUGAUCCUAUGCCUCCAUGGGGCCUAGUCCUCUGGAGAGCACCUCAGGCUGACCUCCUCUUCUCCAGACUAUCUGUCCGACUUCUCUGUGACCAGCACAUUUGGAGAGUCCCAUGUUGGCUGCUGUUGCAUCAGAGAAGUUGCCGAAUAAACAGGUUCCUUAGAGGAGACCUGUCUCUUAAGAAACCCCUGCUCUAUUCAGUCUCAAAUUUCAGAUGUCCCCAGAGCUCUGAUGCCCUGUGCGCCUCCCCUCCUCUUCCUCCACUGAGAGCCCUGGCCAGCAACUUUCCAUUGCAGGAAACAUCUGCUGAUUGAGGCCAGGCUAGGCCCCGGGGUUACUGUAGGACAUUGGCCAGGCCCAUCACCCAGAUCCUGUAACUUGAAGCAUGUGCGGGACUCUGGCCUUGCCCGCCCACCAGCCCUGCCUCCCUCCCUCAGGCCCCAGUGACUCUUAACAAAGAAGUCAUUUGCUGGCCAGCUGAAAGGAGUGCCUUCUGGAGGCAGAAGGGGUGUGUGCAGGGGUGGGGAUGAGCGCAGGCCCUGUGCUGCAGCUAAGUGGUGGCCGGGCCUGCCUGGGUGAGAGCUGUGAGUCACGGCGGUCCUGGUUUGAUGGGGGAUAGACACAUUGACUGAGCAGGCCAGUCUGUGGGGCAUAUCUGGACUAAGGAUCUGUGCCACCACGAGCCUCCCUGGAGCUCCCGAAGAGUCACUUGUGAGUCAUCCUGAGUGUGAGUAGCUAGUGGAAAUAGACCUCUGGACCGAGCUGUGGGUCACCCUGCUCUGCGGAGUUUGCCUGUUCACGUGGGGCUGCCCUUCCGCAACUCUCGGCCCGUGUUGCGUACCUGCUGUGUCUAUGUCUUCGCGCCUCACCUGGACUCCUGAGUGGCUGCACUGACCGAGGAGUAUCGCCUGACCACACCCCGUCUGGGCUGCCCCCGGACUGAAGAUGGGAAGGAUAAAGCAGAGUCCAGCUGUGGGACACUGGCCAGCCAGCCCGCUCUGAGACCCAUGCUUCUUAUAGCCUCUCAUCUGUGAGAGUUCGCACAGGGAGCACAGCUCUAAGAGAGGAUUGUCUAGACCCUCUGUGCAGAAGCCCAAGAUCACCUGGGUUCAGUCCAGGCUAGACCCACUGCUUUCAUUCUGAGAGAACCUGAGGAUCAGCGCAAGGACCUGGGGACCCUUGCCUGGGCCAUUUGUUGGGGGUGAUGGAAUCUCUGACAGAGUCUGGGGUCCUCUGGAGCCUCCUGCUGGAACGGGAUAGCCAGUCUCUGCUGUGGUACUUGAAGAGACUCGCUGACGCACCUGUUGGUGUGGAAUGCUACUGCUGGCAUGGAUCUGAGAAAAUCCCAGCUGUAUUAAGCCCCACUUACAAGCAGAGAAAUGAAGACUUCAGAAAGCUCUUUAAGCAACUUCCAGACACGGAGCGCCUCAUUGUUGAUUACUCUUGUGCACUCCAAAGAGACAUUCUUCUUCAGGGCCGACUCUACCUCUCAGAAAACUGGAUCUGCUUCUACAGCAACAUCUUCCGAUGGGAAACUUUGCUAACAGUCCGUUUGAAAGAUAUCUGCUCCAUGACUAAAGAGAAAACAGCUCGCCUCAUUCCCAAUGCCAUCCAAGUCUGUACUGAUUCAGAAAAGCACUUUUUUACUUCAUUUGGGGCCCGGGAUAGGACAUACAUGAUGAUGUUCCGGCUCUGGCAGAAUGCUCUCCUUGAAAAGCCGCUAUGCCCCAAGGAGCUCUGGCAUUUCGUCCACCAGUGCUAUGGGAACGAGCUGGGUCUCACCAGUGACGAUGAGGACUAUGUGCCUCCAGACGAUGACUUCAACACCAUGGGCUACUGUGAAGAGAUCCCUGUAGAAGAGAAUGAGGUGAAUGACAGCUCAUCCAAAAGCAGCAUAGAGACCAAGCCUGAUGCCAGCCCGCAGCUGCCCAAGAAGUCCAUCACCAACAGCACGCUGACCUCUACGGGAAGCAGUGAAGCCCCUGUCUCGUUUGAUGGCUUGCCGCUGGAGGAAGAGGUGAUGGAGGGUGAUGGGUCCCUGGAGAAGGAGCUUGCCAUCGACAACAUCAUAGGAGAGAAGAUCGAGAUCAUUGCACCUGUGACCUCCCCUUCGCUGGACUUCAACGACAAUGAGGAUAUCCCGACCGAGCUCAGUGAUUCUUCAGACACCCAUGAUGAAGGAGAGGUGCAGGCCUUCUAUGAGGACCUGAGUGGAAGACAGUAUGUGAACGAGGUCUUCAACUUCAGCGUGGACAAACUCUACGACCUGCUCUUCACCACCUCGCCCUUCCUCCGGGACUUCAUGGAGCAGCGGCGCUUCUCUGAUAUCAUCUUCCAUCCGUGGAAAAAGGAGGAGAAUGGAAACCAGAGCCGCGUGAUCCUCUACACGAUCACCCUCACUAACCCCCUGGCUCCCAAAACCGCCACUGUCAGGGAGACACAGACCAUGUACAAAGCGAGUCAGGAGAGUGAAUGCUACGUGAUAGACGCCGAAGUCCUUACCCAUGACGUGCCAUACCACGAUUACUUCUACACCAUCAACCGCUACACCCUCACCCGCGUGGCCCGGAACAAGAGUCGACUCAGGGUUUCCACAGAGCUCCGCUAUCGAAAACAGCCCUGGGGCUUUGUCAAAACUUUCAUCGAGAAGAACUUCUGGAGCGGAUUGGAGGACUACUUCCGCCAUCUAGAGUCUGAGCUAACCAAAACAGAGAGUACCUACCUGGCUGAGAUGCACAGACAGUCACCCAAGGAGAAGGCCAAUAAGUCUUCAGCGGUACGGAGGAGGAAGCGCCCCCAUGCCCACCUGCGGGUACCUCACCUGGAAGAGGUGAUGAGCCCUGUCACCACACCCACUGAUGAAGAUGUGGGCCACAGGAUCAAGCACGUGGCAGGUUCCACGCAGACGCGGCAUAUCCCCGAGGACACACCCAAUGGUUUUCACCUACAAAGUGUGUCCAAGCUGCUGCUGGUUAUCAGCUGUGUUCUGGUGCUGCUGGUCAUCCUUAACAUGAUGCUCUUUUACAAGCUGUGGAUGCUGGAAUACACCACACAGACCCUCACUGCCUGGCAGGGUCUCAGGCUCCAAGAAAGGUUACCCCAGUCACAGACAGAAUGGGCCCAGCUGUUAGAAUCCCAACAAAAGUAUCAUGAUACUGAGCUCCAGAAGUGGAGGGAGAUCAUCAAAUCCUCAGUGAUGCUCCUGGACCAGAUGAAGGACUCACUCAUCAACCUUCAGAAUGGCAUAAGGUCCCGAGACUACACGUCUGAAAGCGACGAGAAGAGGAACCGCUAUCAUUGACAAGGCAGGACCAGGGGUGGCUGCAAGAGGCCUGUGCAAUACAUGUACAUAGACCCUAUAAAUAUAUAUAAAUAUAUAUAUAUAUAUACAGAAUAUAAAUAUAUAUUAUAUACAGAUUUUAAAAAAUGAGAUAAUGCCUAUGUACCAGGGAGAAGGAGCGGGAACUCCCGCCCCCUGUGCCGGCCAGAGCAGCGUUUUUCCCUCCACCGUGGAGGGACCGAGGAGGGCAGGGACCACCUCUCAGCACCAACCUCCCCUGACCCUCCUCUUCCCAUCUUCUGUUCCUCACCCCUUCCCUUGCUGGCCAUUCUCGGCCCUUAGAAGGGAAAUGUGGCUGAGCCAAAGUUAAUGCCUGUGAAGACCCUUGGAUCUUCAAAGACGUUCCAAGAGGGCAUUGCUUACGGUGCUUCAUUCCCUAACCCUCUUUUGAUUUGUCUCUAGAGUAAAAGAGAACCUGUUCUUCCCCCCACCCAGUGCUUCCCCAGGCCUUCUCUUGGGAACAGGAAGAAUGGAGAGGGCAGGAGCCCCAUCCAAAGUCCCCCAGGAGACCAUUGGUUAGAACCACUCUGAGAGCCAGGUGGCGAGGACCGAAGAGGCUGCAUUCGUGGGCCUGGGCUGUGGGGCUGCAGGCUCCUCAGCCCUGGCAUCUGAAGGGAAUCCUCCUCAGCCACCCCCACACCUUCUUCUGUCCUGAGUAGGUUGUGGAACCCACAAGGGCUGGGACUUUCUAACUCUCCCGCUCCCUUUCUCUCUGCUCUUCUCCCAGGCUGGCUCUGGAGAAGUGUCAUUUUUUAGUGCCUAAAGUCCUAUUGUUUCUCUGUGCCCUAAGAGCACAUUGUUUCUUAGCCAGGGUGGAGCCUUUUUGACCUUGUUUUAAAAAAACAAAACAAAACAAAACACAAAAACCUCUUUUAGUGGUUAUAUAAACCAGUCAGGUCUGUGGCUCUAAUUCUUUCCCUUUGAGCUGUGAGUUUGAUGUCCAGGGUAAGUCAGGGUGUCUUAGUCCCUCCAGGCUUUAGGAGACAAAGAACAUUCUAGAAACAUGGAUUACAGGGCUUGCCCAGAAUCUCAUAUGAGUAGUGAGCACAGUAGCCAAGCCACUGAGAGGGCUAACAGCAUCCUUAACUCUUGGUAAAGAACCAGUGUUAGCAAUAGAGGCAGUUGUGCGGGGAAAAUGUGUGAGCCACCAGAGGGAGGAUUUGGCACAGAUGCAUAUGUUUGGUUAGGGAGAGGCCACCUCAGUUCUGUUUCUCAGGUUUAGGAGUGGCAGCUCUGAUGGGUAUGUGUGUACAGAUCUCUUUAUAAUCUCUGGCCCCGAUGAGCUAUAAAGUCACCAAGAAAUAAAAGGAAGAUGCUACGUUAGGAACUUGAGCCAGUCAGGGCCUGACCUUCUUAAUGUUAGCCCAUCAGGACUCAGGCUUUUACAUGAUCUCAAGGAGCCUUUCUCGGCAGAUUCAUCAUCUUCCCUUAGAGUGUCUCCUGCUCUUCCAUCAGAUGACUCAAGGACCCCUGCCAGCCCCAGGCAGAGCUCAUGUUGGUCCAUGGUAGUAAAUAAAUACUUCCAGGUUCUCUGAGCUGGCCACUUCUCAAGUCCAGAGGAAGACAGAACCACAGAUUUCCCAGAGCAUCAGUACAAAGGGAGCAAGACGGUGCUGGUUAUCGACGCCAAAGAGAAAGUUACCUUCUCCUCUUAGCAUUGUCAGAACAUUCCAUCUGGGCAGCGAAAGAAAGAAAGGCAUUGAUAAUGCAGUGUCCUGGAGAAAUAGGCUUUGGUGUUUCUUGAAGGGCAGAAUCAGAAAAUAGGAUGUAACCCUGGAUCAACCUCUGAUGACGGGAGAAGAAGGCUCAGUGCCUAGCUAGCAUCGCUAGCCAGGAAAGCAGGGGUGAAGAAAUGCAUUCAGUGUUCCUUUAGAGUAGGGUUUUGAGGGCUUUGCUGGUGAUGAUCUAGACCCACGAGCCCUGAGACAAAGAAGGGAGAAUGGUCCCAUUUGAAAUGGCUAGGCAGUUUCCUCUUGGAAUAACCAGAACCUGAAAGUAUUCCCAGAAACUUUUUAAAAACAAAAUUGGAAACUCCAAAUUUAUUGCGUUUGUCGUUAUUUACUUAUUCAGAUGAAUUCAAAGGUAUUCACUGGGGGUGGUGAGGAGCCAAGUAAAGUAACAGAAGCCCUGACUACAGAGAGCUGCUUUUCUUUGACCCGCAGGAUCAUUUAGAGAAGGAAAACCCCUGAUUUGUCCUAGAGAGCCUUCUGUUUUCUGAUGGACCCAGAUGAUAUACGUGUGAGGAAUACUAGCUUUCCUGUGAGUUGCUUUUGUCUUAGCUUGGGCUUUUAAACCAGGAAGAAACCAACAACUCAGUUUGUUCCCAAACACAAACCCCUUCCCACCCUUAGUCAAUACUUUGUGAGAGAGAAGGGAACUCGCUCUUUAGCAACCAAAGCAAGUGCCCUAGACGAUAGCCCAAGCAAAUAGCUAGCUGUCUGCAGGAGGUCAUGGAAGCUGGCAUGCCUUGGGUGCCUUCUUCCAGCUGGCAGGUUUUCUCUGUUUGUCCGUUGUAGAUAUGUAUUGAUCUUUCUGUAUGGAUUUGUAGGCAAGACAGUCAAGUGCUUUCGCUGGAUCAAGAGUGGCGAGAUCUGGGCUUGAGUCUUGACUGUUCUGUUGGAAAGUUGUGCGGCCUUGGUUAAGUCCCCAUCACCGAGCUUCACGAUCCACUUGUCACAGAAGAGGAUCAGCAAAUGACCUCUAAUGUAGGGUCUAAGUUUGACCUUGACUCUGAGAUUAGACCAGGGACUAGUGAGAUGUGGAGUUCCCAAUUCUGAAAGCUGUCCCGCCAGGGACAACAACAACAGCUUCGCUCUUGACUAGGAGGUCUAGGGGUUCCCAGUGGCAGGGAUAGCCUUGUUUAGCGUUAACCCAGGAGAACGUUCCUUCCUCCUUUGGCCUAGGUUUAGUUUGGGGUUGGUUUAUGCUUAGAGGAGGAUAAUGGCAAGAAGUGUAUCAUUUUGGACCGAGUCCAUCUUCCAUCUCCAGGCACUGUGAAUCCUCUCUACUGUUCAUCCUCCUUCCUCACUGACGGAAGACACAAUGGGAAGAAGCCAUUCCCAGUUCUAGAACUUGUGUUUUGCUCAGCCAAAACCCUGAUGUGGUUUGCAUAAAUUAGGAAACUUUUGCUAAAAUCCUUGGCUUGCCUUUGGGCCCUGGCAUCAAGGAGUGGGGAGCACCGGGGAACCUCAAGAAGAAUUUGCCACAAGUGGAUUCUUUCCUUGUCCAUAGCCCCUCACCUAUGCUGGGACUGGCCUACUGUUAUCAUAGGUGCCAUCUGUAAGAUGAGGUGUUGGGGACAUGACUGGCUAGGGGAAGACUCUUUCUGGACAGUUGUGAUCCCAGAAGGGUCCUUUCUGGGCCAUACCAUCCCGCUUUCUUAGCUCUGCAGGGCAGCCAAAGCCAGCCCUUCUCUCCAGGGCCUAGGAGAAAUAGCACUCUUCCCUCUUCCCCCAGGUGGUAGGGCUGUGGUGGCCCUUCCUACACACCUGGACUCUGCCUGCCCUCUCCAGGACUCUCUCCCUCACCCCAACCCCACCCCUGUCUCUAAGCUAUGGGGCAAUCAUUCCCAUUUUCCCUUUGCUGUUCUCUGCUCUCGUCCCUCCACCCUCGCCUCACUCCAGCAGGCUGGCCCUACUCCCUUCCAUCUCCGAGUCUUCUUCCAGAAGAUGCAUUUGGGUCUCAGAGGAGUGUUUUCUGGAAGGCCAUCUUUCCACAUCCCUGCAUUCCUGAUGUGAAUCAGGGAUUUGCACUUGGUGUAGAGAGCCUCCUCUCCCACCUCUCUGCCCCACCUCGUUACCUCACACCUGCUCCAGCCAUUGUGAUGGGCUCAGCCAGCCACCUGUUCUGAUGUGCCGUGGAACAGCUCAGGGGUCUUGUGACUUGGAGGUCCUCAGCAGGCCUGGGAGCCCGGAUUGGAGCCUUGGCUGCCGGUGAGAUGCACUUACCUGCCAAGAUUUGCUGAUGCCAGACGAUCUCCCCAGCAUGUGAAUGCUAAAUGGACAUUGUCAUCUCUGCCCUUUGGUCCUCCUUGCUUCUCUCAAUACAUUAAGACACCUCAGAAGCAAAAUGGCGGCCCUUGCUCCAGGCAGGACAUCCGGCCGUCUGGGGAGUUGGCCCUGGGCUUCUGUGUGGUGUGCAAAGACUGCACAGUCACUUUUGCCAACAAGAAUGUGUGGCACCCCACAUUUCCUCACCUUGCACUCUAGGGCCAGACCACUCUCUGCAUGGACCAGACCCCCAAACCCAUGGUGCUUUUUUUCUCCCCUCACUCAACCUAGACCCUGAGGUGGGGAGAGAUGGAUCAGAGGCCAUAGUGGCCCCAUGGAUAUUCCCGACAUGGGGUGGAAUAGGGUGAGGUAGAGGGAGCAGCACCCAGCACCUGCACUGGACCACAAGUCGGAAAGAACACGGGUUGCUUGCAGUUGAGUUGUCUGGCCGUCUGUAUUGGGAUCGAUAACUGUACUUUGCCUGGCGCUGUGCGCAAGGUCUGAAAACUUCCUGCUAGUCCCUAGAAACAUACAAGGCUACCCAGCAAAAUCUUAAUGUAAAGUAGCUAGAGCCAUGGAAGUCCAGUCUGAAUUAAAGGAAAAAAGUAUUGAAUUACAAA